CCUGAUGUCUUGUUUUAACAAUUUCGAGUGCAGGUACCACCAAAAGGCACCAAUACCAUUGAAUGUCCUCACUACUGUGCCAUUGUUCUUUGCGAUUGGUUUCUUGGUGGGUUAUAUACUGUAUGGUGCAGCUAUGCAUAUAGUAAAAGUCGAAGACGAUUUCCAUGAAAUGCAAGAGCUUAAAGUUCGAGCAGAAGCUGCUGAUGUCGCUAAAUCGCAGUUUCUUGCCACCGUGUCUCACGAGAUCAGGACACCAAUGAAUGGCAUUCUCGGAAUGCUUGCUAUGCUGCUAGAUACAGAACUCAGCUCAACACAAAGAGACUACGCUCAAACUGCUCAAGUAUGUGGCAAAGCAUUGAUUGCAUUGAUAAAUGAGGUUCUUGAUCGUGCCAAGAUUGAAGCUGGAAAGCUGGAACUAGAAUCUGUACCUUUCGAUAUCCGUUCAAUACUAGAUGAUGUCCUUUCUCUGUUCUCUGAGGAGUCACGGAACAAAGGCAUUGAG